UUCAACUAGUCGUCAUCAGGCAGUCUCAAUAUGAAGACCUUCUAUUGCUGUUUAAGUCUCCUACUCAUCUAUGGCAUUUGCCAUGAUUCUCUGGCCAAGGAGCCGCCCACGGAGGAAGAGCUUGAGCUAAAACAACAUCCCCGGUUGGUUAGCUCACGCGACUUUGCGGCACUGGACGAGGAGCUGGAGACACGUUUUUGGCACGAUAAGGCCCAGUCGAUUUUGGCCGAUAAGCUCAGCCAUCAUAAAGCACUCAAUGAGAAUCGUGCGAAAAAUAUAAUACUAUUCCUCGGCGAUGGUAUGUCCGUGCAUACAAUAGCGGCAACACGUGCUCACCUGGGCGAUAGCAACAAGCAGGUGUAUUUUGAGAAAUUUCCCUAUGUUGGCCUCUCGAAGACCUAUGCGAUAGAUGAACGCACUCCGGAUUCGGCGAGUACGGCAACCGCUUAUUUGAGUGGCGUCAAGGGAAACUAUGGGACAAUUGGUGUCAAUGCUGAAGUGCCGCGUAGAGAUUGCCUGGCGGCAACCAAUACAAGUACACACACUCAGUCGAUAGCUCAAUGGGCACAGGAGGCGGGCAAAUGGGCGGGUCUGGUGACCACGGCCAGAGUGACGCAUGCCUCGCCGGCUGGUGUGUAUGCCCAUACGGCUGAAAGAGAUUGGGAAGAUGAUCAGACCAUUGAGAAGCAUGGUUGCAGCGCGGAAUUGAAUACGGAUAUUGCCCGGCAAUUGGUUGAGGGCUCUGUGGGCAAAGAUUUACGUGUUAUUUUGGGUGGCGGUCGUGCCAAAUUUCGUGAUCAGACCAAACACGAUGAAGAGGGCAUACUCGGGGAACGUUCGGAUGGCAGAGAUUUGAUAGAGGACUGGAAAAACGAGAAGACAGAGCGCGGCCAGCGGGGAGAGUAUGUAUGGUCAUUGAAGGGCCUAAGUCAAUUGGAUUUGAGCAAAACUGAUUAUCUGCUGGGUCUCUUUGAUGCCUCACACUGUCCCUAUCAUGGUGAUCGUCAGCGUUCCCAUUUGGAAUAUGCCGAACCCUCACUCUCCGAUAUGACAGAGGCCGCCCUUAAGGUCUUGAGUCGUAGCGAGGAGGGCUAUUUCCUGUUUGUGGAAAGCGGCCGCAUCGAUAUGGCCCAUCAUGCCACAUUGGCCCACAAGGCUCUGGAGGAUACCCAAGAGUUUGCCAACGCCAUUGAAUUGGCACGUGAUUUAACCAAUGAGGAGGAUACACUUAUAGUAGUGACCUCAGAUCAUUCGCAUACCAUGUCCAUUAAUGGUUAUCCGUAUCGUCGUCAAAAUAUCUAUGAAACAGCUCCAAAUCUAGCUGAUGAUGAGCUACCCUUUACCAUUUUGUCCUAUGCCAAUGGUCCAGGAUUUAAGCAAACGUAUAAUGAGCAAAUCGGACGAUUGGAUCUCUCUCAUGUGAAUACGGAAAAUGUUGAUUUUGAAUUCCAAGCCACUGUGCCGUUGUCCAGUGAGACUCAUGGUGGCGAAGAUGUGGCUGUCUUUGCAUCCGGUCCAAAGGAACAUUUAUUUUCGGGCAACUAUGAGCAAAGCACUAUUCCAGCCCUAAUGGCCCAUGCUGCCAAUAUUGGACCAUUUGCUGAAGAUAAACUUAAAAAUUAAAUAAAAUCUAAAAAUCAAAAGGCUGACCUAAGAGAUUAUAGUAUCCCAAAAUAACCAUUGAUAAUAGUUAAUAAGCACUAAUAUAAUAAUAUAAAAUCAAUAGAAUAGUAUAAAAGUAUUUACGAAACAAUUUUGUCUCAUUUUUCUGCAAAAUACUAAAAAGAAAGACACGCAUGCCAAAAACAAGGCCAGAUUUAAAAAGUGUAAGGGCUCUGGGACUGAAAAAAUAAAAAAAAAAGUCUAAAGUUA